AUGUUGCUCAAAGUGUUGACGUUAUUGUUAUGGCUAGCUUGUCAAUAUGGUGUCUAUGCGGAUAGUACGGUUGAUAAUCUAAUCAGCCUCUUCCAAAGCGAAGCAACCCCCGAAGAAAUCCAACGAUGCGCCUUUACGACAUCCGACACAUUAGAUUGCCAAAGUUGCAUUGAUAAAGGAGAUAAAUGUUUCUACUGUGGUGGAGAUACGAAUCAAUGCUUCCCGUAUUCCGCCUCAUUCCCACAUUGUCCACUCGAUCAUGUAAAGCAUAAAAAUUGCUGGGUAAACUGGACAGCAAUAGUUGUAAUUGCUUGCAUACUUGCUGGGAUUGUCCUAGUGGCUAUCAUUACGGUUGUUUGUUGUUGUUGCUGCAAGAUUCGGAACUGGAAUAGCAACCGGAAUAAGGCGUUUUGGAAUAAGAAAGAAGAGAAGCAACAAAUGAAAAUGCAAGAUCUCGAAGCGAGACAAGCCGAGCGAAGGUCUCAACGAGCCAAUGAGAUGGAUUAUUAUCGAGAAAAAUACGGAAUUAAAGCCAAAUCC